AUGAUCGCCUCGGAACAACAGAGAAACAGUGCCAAUGAUCCCGACUUCGACUUCGUUGACGAUCCAGUGAAGUGCGAGUGGGCAUGGGUAGUUGAUCCCGACAGGGAAGGUUUGGGCAAGAAAGAGGGUGGUGAGAAGCUGGGCGUGAGACGGUCUUUGCCCUUUGAAAAUCUUCUUGAAGAAGCAUGUCUCGACGACUCCAAGGACAUUGAAUCGAACGAAGAUGAAAACGAAGCUGAGAAUGCUACAGGUCACACAAGCCGCAGGGUGACCUUAAAGGAGGCUCUGCUUGAUGAUCCGGCAUGCAAUGUCACAAACGAGUAUCUGAUUUGCUCGGUCGAGUAG